AUACGUCGCCAUUUUGAUACUCUCCGUGUCUUGUGGUAGCACCGUCGAUAGACAACGGUGUUAAAGGGAGAGUACUUUUUUGGUUUUUCAAAGGGUGGGUUACACGUUUGUGAAGUAUUACACGCAGCAUUGGUUACAUACCGCUGACAGAGAAGACGGAUAUAUCCUUUUUGUCUCAGAUUAGGAAGCUGUUCAGACUGAGGGAUUUGAGAGGAACAUGGCUACCCAGUCUGAUCUGAUGGAGCUGGACAUGGCCAUGGAGCCGGACCGCAAGGCGGCCGUGAGCCACUGGCAGCAGCAGUCCUACCUGGAUUCAGGGAUCCACUCUGGAGCCACCACCACAGCGCCCUCCCUGAGCGGCAAGGGCAACCCCGAGGAGGAGGACGUGGACAACCAGGUCCUGUACGAGUGGGAGCAGGGCUUCUCCCAGGGCUUCAGCCAGGACCAGGCCGCAGACAUUGAUGGACAGUACGCCAUGACCAGAGCCCAGAGGGUCCGGGCAGCCAUGUUCCCGGAGACCCUGGACGAAGGCAUGCAGAUCCCCUCCACGCAGUUCGAUGGGGCGCACCCCACCAACGUCCAGCGCCUGGCCGAGCCCUCCCAGAUGCUGAAGCACGCCGUGGUCAAUCUGAUCAACUACCAGGACGACGCCGAGCUGGCCACCCGCGCCAUCCCCGAGCUGACCAAACUUCUCAACGACGAGGACCAGGUGGUGGUGAACAAGGCGGCCGUCAUGGUCCACCAGCUGUCCAAAAAGGAGGCGUCGCGCCACGCCAUCAUGCGCUCUCCCCAGAUGGUGUCGGCCAUCGUGCGCACCAUGCAGAACACCAGCGACGUGGAGACCGCCCGCUGCACCGCCGGCACGCUGCACAACCUCUCCCACCACCGCGAGGGCCUGCUCGCCAUCUUCAAGUCCGGCGGGAUCCCUGCCCUCGUCAAGAUGCUGGGGUCUCCGGUUGAUUCAGUGCUCUUCUAUGCCAUCACCACCCUCCACAACCUGCUGCUGCACCAGGAGGGAGCCAAGAUGGCCGUGCGCCUGGCGGGCGGCCUGCAGAAGAUGGUGGCCCUGCUCAACAAGACCAACGUCAAAUUCCUCGCCAUCACGACAGACUGCCUUCAGAUCCUGGCCUACGGCAACCAGGAGAGCAAACUCAUCAUCCUGGCCAGCGGUGGCCCCCAGGCGCUGGUGAACAUCAUGAGGACCUACACGUACGAGAAGCUGCUGUGGACCACCAGCCGCGUGCUCAAAGUGCUGUCCGUGUGCUCCAGUAACAAACCUGCCAUCGUGGAAGCCGGUGGAAUGCAGGCUUUGGGACUACACCUCACAGACCCCAGCCAGCGUCUAGUCCAGAACUGCCUGUGGACCCUGAGAAACCUCUCAGAUGCUGCCACCAAGCAGGAGGGCAUGGAGGGCCUGCUGGGCACCCUGGUGCAGCUGCUGGGCUCGGACGACAUCAACGUGGUGACGUGCGCGGCGGGCAUCCUGUCCAACCUCACCUGCAACAACUACAAGAACAAGAUGAUGGUGUGCCAGGUGGGCGGCAUCGAGGCGCUGGUGCGGACCGUGCUGCGGGCCGGCGACCGCGAGGACAUCACCGAGCCCGCCGUCUGCGCCCUGCGCCACCUCACCAGCAGGCACCAGGACGCCGAGAUGGCCCAGAAUGCCGUGCGGCUGCACUACGGCUUGCCCGUGGUGGUGAAGCUCCUGCAUCCUCCCUCCCACUGGCCUCUGAUCAAGGCAACCGUGGGGCUGAUCCGUAACCUGGCGCUGUGCCCCGCCAACCACGCCCCCCUGCGGGAGCAGGGCGCCAUCCCGCGGCUGGUGCAGCUGCUCGUGCGGGCGCACCAGGACACUCAGAGGCGCACGUCCAUGGGCGGCACGCAGCAGCAGUUUGUGGAGGGCGUCCGCAUGGAGGAGAUUGUGGAGGGAUGCACGGGGGCGCUGCACAUCCUCGCCAGAGACGUCCACAACAGGAUCGUCAUCCGAGGCCUGAACACCAUCCCGCUCUUUGUUCAGCUGCUGUACUCGCCCAUUGAGAACAUCCAGCGCGUGGCGGCCGGCGUGCUGUGCGAGCUCGCCCAGGACAAGGAGGCGGCCGAAGCCAUCGAGGCCGAGGGGGCCACCGCCCCGCUCACAGAGCUGCUGCACUCCAGAAACGAGGGCGUGGCCACGUACGCUGCUGCGGUGCUGUUCCGCAUGUCGGAGGACAAGCCCCAGGACUACAAGAAGCGCCUCUCUGUGGAGCUCACCAGCUCCCUCUUCAGGACAGAGCCUAUGACUUGGAACGAGACUGGAGAUCUGGGGCUGGACAUCGGCGCACAGGGGGAGCCGCUGGGGUACCGACAGGAUGACCCAAGCUACCGGUCCUUCCACUCUGCCGGCUACGGGCAGGAGGGCAUGGGCAUGGAGCCCAUGAUGGACCAUGACAUGGCCGGUCAUCACCCUGGUGCUGAGUACCCGGUUGAUGGCCUGCCCGACCUGGGACACGCCCAGGACCUGAUCGACGGGCUGCCCCCCGGGGACAGCAAUCAGCUGGCCUGGUUUGAUACCGAUCUGUAAAUAUCUACUUUUUAGCUGUAUCGUGUGAAUGAAGCUGCGUUGUGAUUGGCCGGUAGAGUUGCAGAGCGUUCUGGAGAGGGGGGGUGGGCUGGUACCUCAGAAAGUGCCUGACACACUAACACAAGCUGAGUUUCCUAUGGGAACAAGUUGAAGUAAAACUUUUCGUUCUGGUCCCUGUUGGUCGGAGAUAAAACCGCGAUGGAAAUUCUGGAGCGGAUGCCUAAAGGAAGAGUGCACAAGAGGCGGAUCUAAAGGUGGAAUAUCGAACCCUAGCCUUGCCUGUUGUCUUUCUUUUUUUAAUUUUUUUUUUUUUUUUUUACAUUUUAUUUUAUUCUUCAGUCUGUAAUGGUACUGAUUUUAGCUUGCUUUAAAUGAUACUCUAGUCUUUUUUUUGGCAGUAAUUUGUAUUCCUUUUAAGUCUCUCAUAGUGUUAAGUUAUAGUGCUAAUGCUCCAUCAGUUUCUAAAUUUUAUCAAUGGUGUAGAACACUAAUAAACAGUUGAAUUGUAUUCUGAAUAAAGUGUAACAUUGUGUAGCUUUUGUAUAAAACUCAGAAUUGGGAAAAGGUCCAAUAUUUUAAAUGCUGAAAUGAAAAGUUUCAUGAUUGGUCCCGAGGGAGGGGGUGCAUCAUCUGGUGGGGGUUGGAAUUUUUAUUUUCUUUUUUUUUCCCCACUGAAGGUAAAGAAGCCUGCUGUGCUUGUUGAAAACAUGGUUAUGACAUGGCUAAACAAUAAAAAGGACUUUUAUUUCA